GGCGCUAGAAAGAAUUCAGUUUUGCAGCCUGUACUCUUUGGUUGGAGCACCGACUAUUGGAGCGUCGGAGUAAGCUAGGCCUGGGCUUAGACACCCAAAACAUGACAGAACCAUUAAUAAAGAAGUUAGAAGAUUCUCUUAGUGCUCUCAGAAACAAUUUGAAAAAGUUUAAAGAUAUAGAGCGAUGUCUUCAAGAAUCCAAAGAAGUAAUGUUAAAGGAGAAGAUGUUGGAAGUUGAUGUUGCCAGCAGUGUGUCAACUGCUAGAAACCAGCUUAGUGAAAACUCAAAGAAAGUAUUUGAUCAAGCAUACCCUCUGUUGCAAGAAAUAUAUAAACAGAAGCUGUUAGUUUUGGAACUUGAUGAGCAAACAUUCAUUCAGAAAGCCCAUAUUGAGAAAAAACGUAUUCUUAAGAAAAAACACCAGCAUCAGAUAGUAAAGACUGAUGAUGCACCUACCAAUACACUGGUGAAAUGGUGGACAGAAAUGCAGAUGAAAGAGAAUGAUGCAGAUGUUGAUGGGGAAUAUUUAUCCAGUAGACUGUUCUACAAUGCAAGAUAUCAAGAUGAACCAAAUGCAGAUAAUGGUGUAGAGAUGUUGUCUUUUUCAACCCGAUACAGGGGGUUCUGUGUCAAUGUUCAAUUCUUGCAUAAUAGGAAUGGCCAUUCAUUUCACAGUGGCUUGAUUUACCAUGUAACCUCUGACCUUCAUGUGACCCACCUGCAACAAGAGGCUGUCAGACACUUAACCUCUGGUGACAGUGCAAGAGAGUUUGUUACGGAAGUCAUUUGGAAAUAUUUGGAUGAUGAGCUCUUUCCAAUGUUGUAGCAUUUGAUAUCGGGUGCUGCAGAGUUAUGUUGUACAUAAACUACUGGGUUUUGUAGCAUCGGAUGGUGUAGCAUCCAGUGUUGGAGAACUGGAUGGUGUAGCAUUCGGUGUUUGAGCAUUGGAUAUUGUAGCAUUGGUCAGGAUAUUGUAGCUUCAUGUGUUACAACAUCUGAUGCUGUAGCAUCAGGUGUUGUUGGCUGGAAGCUGUUGUAGCAUUAGUUGUUGUGGCAUUGAACGCUGCACUACUGAUGUAUCAUUAAUCAUGAUGUAGCAGUAUGAUGGGUUUAAAUCAUGGAAUGAUGUAGUCUCAGUACAGUACCUUGAUGUGCAAUUGGAUGCUUUAUAGCAUCAGGCAUUGAAAUAUUGGAUGUUGUGUUGUACCCAAAUAUCAACAAAAAACAUGGACAGAAUAACAAAAGUUAGAUGUCUUAUUUUAAUAGUAUUCCUUUUUAUGGGAAAAACAAUUAAUUUAAUACAUUAAUUUACUAUAAUCUAUUGACAAGCACAGCAAUUAAUCUUUGAUGAUGUCAUAUGUCACAUGAUUCCAAUAGAAGCACACACUUAGUAUAAUCAAAUUGGUUCAGCAUAAAUAACAUUUGGUAUGAACAAUUGCACUUAAAUUUUUUUUUAUACAUUCAGCUAUAGUUAAAACCAUAUAUAUAUUUACAUGGUUUAAUAGAGAAAUACACUAUUAUUUGUAAGUACUGGGUUAGAGGGAAGCUAAGAUAAUAUUAAAUUAUUUGGAUCUUGUGCACACACUGAUGUCAUAGCAACUGGUUGACUGAAUAAGGAGUAAGAAAAUCUGGAAGUUUUGAUUUUAAAAUAAUACAUCCACAAUCACGUAAUUUACUAAGAAAUGUGAGACUGAUUCAUCGAACAGGAAGACAUAUUAUAAACCAUACUUCACUAAUGUUUGAUUAAACAAAUAAAAGAACAUAAUUA